AUGGACAAGAUCUCAAAGUACAAUGUCGUCCAUCGAUUCGAGAAGCGCCGGCUACUCAUAGCAAUCAAUUGCAUCGCCGGACUAUCGAUUCUGUUCUUCGGUUACGACCAGGGAAUGAUGGGAGGUGUCAAUACCGCCUACGACUACUAUACGCUCAUGGGAUUCGGCCACAAAGGCGCGGAUGGCGGUCCAGUUGUGGACGAUACCUUGCUUCAAGGCGGCAUCGUUUCAGUGUACUAUCUCGGAACUUUGGUAGGUUGCCUUGUCGGUGGGUCCAUCGGCGAUCGCUUCGGGCGCAUCAAGACAAUCUUCGUCGGAGCUGCUGUCGCGACUGUUGGCGCUUGCUUGCAAUGCUCAGCCAUGAACCACGAAUGGAUGAUUUGCGCACGUCUAGUCAACGGUUGGGGAACCGGCAUCCUCAACUCGAUCAUUCCUGUUUGGGCUACGGAGACUGCGGAGCACACGUCGCGUGGUCAGUUCAUCGCAAUCGAAUUCACCCUCAAUAUCCUUGGUGUUGUCAUCGCAUACUGGCUUGAGUACGCAUGCUCUUUCUACGGCGACGGCACUUCCUCGUUCAUCUGGCGCUUCCCCAUCGCGUUCCAGAUCCCCAUGCUCAUGAUACUCAUGGCUGCUGUCAUGUUCUUCCCGGAGUCGCCGCGUUGGCUUGUCAAGGUCGGUCGCGAGGCAGAAGGACGGUACGUGUUGGGCAGGCUUCGUGGCGACGCUGGAGAAGACAGAGAGAGAGCGGAAGCCGAAUUCCAGGAGAUUGUUGCAUCUUGCGAGCUGGAGCGCUCCAAUUUCCGGAAGCAAAGCUACUUCCGCAUGCUUUUCGGCAUUGGGUCUGGUAAGCUGCAUACCGGUCGUCGCGUUCAGCUCGUAGUUUGGCUCCAGAUCAUGCAAGAAUGGGUUGGUAUCGCGGGCGUUACGAUUUAUGCGCCAACAAUCUUCGGUAUCGCAGGUAUGAGUCCGGCGAAGCGACAAUGGAUCUCAGGUCUCAACAACAUCUUCUACAUGUUCGCGACACUCAUCUGCGUCUUCACCCUCGACCGCAUCGGCCGCCGCUGGACUUGCUACUGGGGCUCCGCAGGACAAGGCAUCGCAAUGGCGCUUGCAGGAGGCUUCUCGUACCUCGGACAAGAAGCCACGAAGCGCGGCGACACCAGUGCGGCGUCUUCAUAUGGAAAUGCAGCGGUAUCCAUGGUCUUCAUUUUCACCGCCAUCUUCGGUGCGACAUGGCUAACAGUCCCAUGGCUCUACCCUGCCGAAAUCUUCCCUCUCGAGGUGCGCGCAAAAGGCAAUGCUUGGGGCGUCGUUGGCUGGUCCAUCGGCAACGGCUGGCUCACGCUUCUCUGUCCAAUCAUGUUCGACUCUCUUGGUGAGAAGACGCUGUACAUCUUCGCCGCAUGCAACGCGAUCACAAUUCCUAUGGUUUGGGCGCUGUACCCUGAGACGAAUCAACGCACACUCGAGGAGAUUGACCUUUUGUUCGCGUCGGACAGUAUCUGGAAUUGGGAGGCCGAGAAGAACUUUGCGGCACUGCAGGGGACGCUUCCUUUCGAAGCUACGUCACAUGCGGCGAAGAACGAUAUCGAGCGCGUUUCGCUGUAG